AUGGCCAAUGAUUCAGAACACCUAAAGUUCAUAUCCGCAUUGCAGUCGUUCAAACGCCGUGUUGUUUAUGCAAAUGUCCAUUCAGACCCAGCCACUUACCCAAAGGAUAGCAAGGAGAAUGUUGAUGCAACUAAUUUAAAUGCUAGAGGCAUAUGUUUGGACAAUGAUUCUUAUAUUGCAAUCAACAACAUGUCUGUGGAUUCUGAGGGAUGUGAGACAAUAGAAUCUUUUUCAAAUGGAACCAUAUUUUCUCUGGCAUUCCAUAUUUCCAGAAAUACUGAAGGAGAAAUUGUAGAUGGAGGAAAAUCUAUGUAUUCACCUUCUGUUACAUCUUUUGCUAGUGCUGACAUGGCAGUGAGAACUGGCUGUGUUAAUGUGUCCCAUUCUCAUAACCCUGGUAACAGGGAGCACACAAAGGCUACAUCUCAAGAAACAUGUGACAGUUGGCGAAAAAGGGGAAACGAGGCUUAUAAGAGUGGAGAUUUAUCAGAAGCUGAAGUAUGUUAUUCAAAGGGUAUUAGUUCAAUACAACAUACAGAGACACCUGGUGUUUGUAUACAACUUCUUAUUUUCUGUUAUAUCAAUCGUGCAACUAUACGCAUGGAAUUGACUGAAAUUCAUUCCAUUUCCUCUAGCCAACCAAACAUGAUAAUGGAAUAUAAUGAUCUAUUCCAUUAUUGUUAUGGAUUUUAUUUGUUUAUGUAUGCUCUUACAAGAUUUGUUUGCAGGCCUAUGCAUGAGAUCACAUUUUCAACAAUAGACAUACCAAAGCUCCUAAGUCAGUACUUGCAGGAAAUUAGAAGUGAGGAGCUACAUAAUGAUGUUUCAUAG